UGGCUUGUCUGCGUAAUAUGCGCGUGUGCAUGUGUUGUAGAGAGCACAUCGAGAUACAGUAGUGUAGUAAACCGGAGUGAGGUGGCAGUCUUGGGAGGAAAGAGAAGGCGAUGGCGUGCGCGCGACUUUCUGAGAUGUUUUAAAGUCUUGCCUUCUGGGGAAACUCGCGGUAAUUCAUUUCGUCUCGGGUUUGGGACUUGAGUGCUUUUGGGCGUCCGACUGACGAUACGUCGUUCAUUUGUGUCUCUCCCCGGGCAUUUUUUUUUGGAUAUUUUUUUUCCAAGACAGUUUGAAGCGCGCGCGCGAGCCUUCAGUGGAAUAGCAACAAAGAACGGGAGCGCGCAUUGAUGGGACGCGACUUUGACAGCUUUCCGAGUCGUCUCUCGUAAAGUCGCAAAGUAAAGGCGGACACGAUGGCCGAGGCCGCGCUUUCCGACGCCGUGGCCAUCGACCCGGACUUCGAGCCCCAGCAGCGGCCGCGCUCCUGCACCUGGCCCCUGCCCCGGCCGGACUCGAGCUCCGCCAAGCCGGACGCCCACGACAUCAUCCCGGAGGAGGAGGACGACGACGAGGAGGGCGCCCACCACCAGAACGCGGCCAUCGUCGGCGGCGUCUCCGGCGCGGGGACUGACGACCAGAGCAGCGGCAGCCCGCUGGCCGACGGCGCACUCUCCUCGCCCGGCCAGGAGAGCGGCGGCUCGCCGCUCUCGGCGCACUCUCCCCCGGCCGCCUCGGGAGCGCUGGCCGCGGGCGGCCUGACCGUGCAGCAGACCCCCAGGAAGGCUUCGUCUCGCCGCAACGCCUGGGGGAACCUGUCCUACGCCGACCUCAUCACCAAAGCCAUCGAGAGCGCUCCGGACAAGAGGCUGACCCUGUCCCAGAUCUACGACUGGAUGGUCAGGUCCAUCCCCUACUUUAAGGACAAAGGAGACAGCAACAGCUCGGCUGGAUGGAAGAACUCCAUCCGGCACAACCUUUCACUGCACAGCCGCUUCAUCCGCGUCCAGAAUGAGGGCACGGGCAAGAGUUCCUGGUGGAUGAUCAACCCAGAUGGCGGCAAGGGCGGCAAAGCCCCUCGCCGCCGCGCCGUCUCCAUGGACAACAGCAACAAGUACACCAAGUCGGCCCGCGGACGCGCCGCCAAGAAAAAGGCCGCUCUGCAAGCCGCGGCCGCGGCCGGCGACGCCAACGGCGACAGUCCCUCGGGACUGUCCAAGUGGCCGGGGAGCCCGACGUCACGCAGCAGCGAGGAGCUGGACGCCUGGACGGACUUCCGCUCCCGCACUAAUUCCAACGCCAGCACCCUGAGCGGCCGUCUUUCGCCCAUCCUGGCCAACCCGGAGCUGGACGAGGUCCCCGAUGACGAAAGCCCCCUCUCGCCCAUGCUGUACUCCAGUCCCGGCAGGGCUCUGUCUCCCGGCAACGCGGCCGUCAACGGGAAGCCCGCCCCCGCCGAGCUGCCCCGUUUGGCGGAUCUGGCCGGGACGAUGAACCUGAACGACGGGCUCGCGGACGAGCUGAUGGACGACCUGGAUAACGUCAACUUGGUGACGACCGCUUCGGGACAAGCGCCCUCCAACGGGACCUCGGGGUUCGCUUUUGUCCCGAAAUCCAACGGGUUGGGCUCACCCGCCCCCAACGCUUCGCCCUCAUCCAACUCUUCUCCCAACAGCGGAGGAAAUUACAGCAACUCCAUCUUUGGCUCCCACCCGCCCCCGGGCUCCUCCCUGCGUCCGUCCCCCAUGCAAACCAUCCAAGAGAACAAGCAGACGUCCUUCUCCAGCUUCGGCAGCGUGACUCUGCAGGACCUGCUGAACUCCGACAACCACAGCGACGUCAUGAUGACCCAGUCGGACCCGCUCAUGUCGCAAGCCAGCGCCGUCGCCAUCGUGUCCCAGAACUCCCGCCGCGGCUUCAUGCUCCGCAACGAUCCCGUCAUGACAUUCGGAACGGCCGGAGGGCUUCCGGGCAACCGGGGGGAGGUACCCCAAAGCAACAACCACAAUCAGAGCUCCGCCAGGUCGAUCAACAGGGGCCUGAAUUUAGCCAACGAGGUGAACGCUUUGACCAACGCCAAGCAGCAGCUGCUACUUUCACCUCUGGGAGGAAACGGGUCCUCCUCCAUGCAGAUUGAUACCACCAUCUUCCUGAACGGGCCGGUGAGCAACGGCGGGGGAGUCUGCCAGGAUCGCUUCCCCACAGAUCUGGACCUGGACAUGUUUAACGGCAGCCUGGAGUGCGACAUGGACUCCAUCAUCCGCAACGAGCUGAUGGACGCCGACGGACUGGACUUUAACUUUGACUCUCUGGUCAACAUGAACGGCGUCAGCAACUUCGCGAGCGCCAAGCAGGCCUCUCAGAGCUGGGUACCCGGCUGAAGAGGACGCACGAGGUCUGAACUGCGCAUCACAAGAGCAAGUCUGAGACACGCCGUCUUUUUUUGCCAACACCAGCCAUCAGCACAACAUUGAACACCAACCUUGUGUUUACACGACGAACACUCGUCUCGGAGUCGGGGGGGGGGGGGGCACGGACUUAUAAGCGAUCCAACCCCCCUGGAAAGAGCCUCCUCCGAAACAAUAACAACAAAAGUAAAUAAAUCAGAAAAACUCUUGAAUUAUGCAAGUUUUCUCGUGUAUAAGGCUCUCAAAGACACACUGCUCAUCAGGUGGGACGACAAGGACAAUUUACAAAUGAAUGCACAGUGUGCCAUUCAAAUCUCACGGACAAGCCGUAUAAAACUGAUCCAGUGCAUUUUUUUCCCCAGGGGAUGUUGUAUUUAUCUACCCUUCUGUGAUUUUUUUUUUUUUUUUUUUGUUAAUGUUCAGUGUUUGUUGUUGGGAUUUUCCAUUACGUGAAACGGAGCGCCUCGUGUGUGUGUGUGUGUGUGCGCAUCACCACUAUCGCCACGCACUUCCUACAAAUGGCUUGAACAGAAUAAUUUCCAUUAUGUUUUUUUUUUAAAGCAGCGACAAAAAAAUAAAAAUUUAAAAAAUACAAAUAUUAAGAAGAAAAUUUCACUUGUGGGUAUUUGUACAGUACGAACUUUUAAAAUUUGUUAUCACAGCAUAUUAUGUAGCGGAAAAAAAAAUAACGAAACAAAAAAAAAAGUGAAUCUAUGUGUACUAUCGAUGUGAACAUUUCCACAGCAUUACAGGUGCUAUGUAAAACAGUGUUGAAUCUUGUCCUCGGAGCACCUCGUGCGUUUUACUUGGUUUAGUUUAGAGGAUUUUGUGCCGUUUUUGACCCUCGACCUGCAAAAAAAAAAUGAUGGGAGAGGGGAUUGGAGGGGGAGUUUGGUGGGAGUAGGUGCUCAUUCCUCCAGAAGCCAUUUUCUCCUCCGGCAAAACAAUAAGCUGUGUCUUCUGUACGUUGCCAAAUUACUUGAAUCAAGCAGCAGGAUAUGCUGGCAGCCAAAAUCACAGCACUCAUAUGCACAUCAUGUCUCACACACACACACAGAUAAAAUUAAAGACACACAGUGUGUAGCGCUGUUGUCAUUAGCUUGGUGGGAUUUUUUUUUUUUAAUGCGCAUGGAUAGAAACACUCAGGGGGCGGGAAGCAGGUAGGGUGGGAGCAUAUUCGUAAAGGUAUUUUCAUUCAAAUGAAUAUUUCCGUGAUGCUUUGUAACACGUUUGUAACCUGUGAAACAUUUUGGGCCGUCGAAGUAGAUUUUGGGUCACGAUGAAAUGAUACGCGAAUCGCGACGUGAUCAACACUGAAGUGUGACUCUUGCGAGAGGAUUUUUUUUUUUUUUUUAAAUGGCAGUUUGAAGGGAAUGAAGUCAUGAGAAGUGCUCGUUAUGCUUAGGAUGAGUUUUUUUUUGUAAUCGCACCAACUUGCUCAGAAGAACCGUGGCGUUCAUGUUUGCAUGGGAAUUUUGCGGUGCACGCGUCAAUAGAAUGACGUUUUAAUCUUGUACACGUCGGACAUUUUUCUCAAGAAAUUUAUUCUGGGGUUUUUGUCUUUCUUUUUUUUUUUUCCCUUGAAAGAUUGCAACUUUUUCUCAAAAUAAUCCACAUUUAUUAUUGUAAAAUGUUCAGCAUGGCCCUAAAACUCAAACAUCAUGAUAUCAAUUUAUUACAGAACAUCCAUUGCGUUUUCGAUAUAAUUUUUGGGGGGCAAGUGCACACAUCGACAUGUCCAAAGGUAAACUACGCCCCCCCCCCCCCACCCCCACCCCACCAUACACGUUUGAUGUAUUUCUGCAUUUGGAGCUCCGUGUUGUGUGUGUGAAAAGCAUUUACUCACCCGUACGCCCCCCACCCCCCCGUCGUCGUCUAUUCCGUCGUCGUUCUUGACCCCUUGAUACCUCGCCAAGGUCGAGUUGAAGAAACGUUCCGACGUGUCCAGGUCGAAGCAAACGUAUUCCUUGAAGCUGAUUAUGUAACCGUUGUCGUAGCAUUCUGAUCCGGAGGCCCUGAGGUGAGGGGAAAGUGACAUGAAGGUGUAUAAUAAUGUACAGACGUGUAUAUAUACAUUUAUAUAUAUAUAUAUAAAAUACAUAUAUGUAUCACCAAGGCAGAGGAGUGUGACGGCGCAGUUUUUAAGGAUGAGCAAGUUGUAACCACUCGACUCGAUUGCAAUGGUGCCGUCCCCCCUUGACAGCGAUUCGAAUACAAAGACGACAGUCGUAAGUGUUCGGACAGCAGUGUUUUGUAUUUGCGAAAUCAGAAUCACUUGAACCAUCCUCUGACUUUUAUGCGCUGGUUAAUUGUGUAUUCGAAGACACAAAAAAAAAACUCUUGUCCUGUGUUGGGUCUCUGUUUUUUUUUAAUGUUGUUGUUUGAAACAAAUGAAACUGCUCAGCGUUUGAAUUUGAAUACACUGACUGUACAAAAUGUAAGGAAGAGAUUUGCUUGGGUUGCUGCAGCAAUGACGUUUUUUGUUUUUUUUCCUGCUUCGGUCAUUCUCCUUCCACAUGCUAUUGCAGUGAACAUUUAAAGAAAAAACAAACAGAAGGAAAAAAAAAAAGAAAUUCAAGCGAUACGACCACUAAAAAUCGUAAUCACCUCGUUUGUACUUUUGUAAAAAGGCUCCCUUCCAUACGCCCUCUGUCCAACUUUGUCCCGUAUUAUUAAUCUUCUGGAUGGUGAUGUUAGUGGGUAUUCUUCCUGUGUUCUCUUUUUUUCUGGAACUGUAAUCUAGUUUGUAUAAGAAAUGGUGCACAUGUAAUAAAGCUUGGUGAGGCUCCA